AUGGGUGAUUUGGACCCUGCUACAGCAAAGCUGGCCAUUGCGUUUCUAGGACCCUUUCUGGCUCUAUUUUCGUUUCUCUUCGUUGUAAGAAUAGUGAUGUCCUGGUACCCAAAGAUUCCUGUGGGGAAGUUCCCAUAUGUUUUGGCUUACGCUCCCGCAGAGCCAAUUCUCAUCCCAACCAGAAAGUUGAUCCCAACUUUAGGGGGUGUGGACGUAACCCCUGUGGUCUGGUUUGGAUUGAUUAGUUUCCUGAAUGAGAUAUUAAUAGGUCCACAAGGGCUACUUGUGCUUCUAUCUCAAAGAGUAAACUGA